GCGUGGGGACACACAAACUCAAAGCGCAGCCCCUUUGCUUCCCAGAAAUUUCCAAAUAGACUAGAAUUGGUAAUGGUGUAAGCACAUACGCAAUUGCAAUCUGGAGUAUUAUCUAUUUGAAUUGACCUUUUCUUCAACAACCUCUCUGUAAAUUAGCUGUCUCUGUCUGUGUCUCCCCAUUCUCCUUCUACGAAACCCUCAUUUACCAUGUCUUUCACAUUCAAUUCGUCCCCCUUCUCUCAUCAUAUAUUAACUCCUUCCUCAUCGCAGAUCUUCAUUCCAAUUAAUUGAAUUUGAUCUCAAUGGCGUCGAUCGAUCAACCUAAUUUCCACGAUUUCUUGCCUCUGAUGGCGGAGAAGCUAGGCGGCGACGGAUUGCUUGGGGAAUUGUGCAACGGUUUCCGGUUAUUGAUGGACUCCGAAAAGGGGGUCAUCACAUUCGACAGCUUGAAGAAGAAUUCUGCCUUUUUGGGGCUGCAGGAAUUGUCGGAUGAGGAUCUUUACAGCAUGCUCAAGGAAGGGGAUUUCGACGGAGAUGGCGCUCUGAAUCAGAUGGAGUUUUGUGUUUUGAUGUUCAGAUUGAGCCCAGAGUUGAUGGAUCAAUCUCAGCUCUUGUUGGAAGAGGCUCUUAUGCAGGAGGAGGGUUUCCAAGAUUUCGACUUUUCUUUCUAGUCAUCUUUUUUUCCCCCAAUUUUUGAUAUACUUUAAUGGAGUAAUAUUAUUCCAAACUAUACUAGUACUACAUAUCUUCCUCUGUUUCUUCCUCUGUUCCAAGAAAAGUCUUUGAUCAUUAUGCAACAACUCAUUGAUUCUGAA